AUGUUCGCCGUGUGUGGUGGACCUCAGUUUUAUCAAAAUGUGAGGCAGGGAAAUGACGACCCUUCUUAUUUAUCGUCUGCGUUAUGUAUUGCCUACUUUGUGUGGUACGCAGCUGUAAUAAUUUAUGUUUUCCUGAUGUGCUUUGCUGAUCCACGCGACCCAUCUGAGAAAAGGGUAUGUUUUUUCUAUGUUUGUAUGAUUUUCAUGUCAUUUUGUGUACUCAUACAUUUUAGCAAGGCUCCGUUGAACUGGAUAGCUCGUUUUUUCAAUCGCCUUACUCUGUGGUGGUUUAAUCCUGUCCCCUGGAAAGGUGCUCGUAAAGAUCUUGAGCCUGAUGAUCUCUUCCAAUUGAACGAAGGGAGCACAUCGAAAUAUCUUACUGAACUAUGGGAAAAGCAUUGGACUCAUCGAAUAACAGAUUACUACGAAAAAAUGAGAUUGUGGGAAGAUUCUGGAAAAGAGAAAAAACCAGCUCUUCCCUCGGUGGUUGGAUGCCUUUUUAUGAUGUUUCGUUGGGAAUUUCUGACAGCUUCAGCACUUAAAAUAACCAGUGAUACCCUGCAAUUUGCGAACCCAUUUUUGUUACAGUGA